GAUGACCUUCCGAUCGGCGCUAUGAGGAGAGCCACGAAUCUGUUUGCCGAGGGGCUACGAGUUGUGGGCUUCGAGAAGGUGUGGCGGCACUUUACUCCCCUGGCGACCAAGAAAAACGGAACGCAGCGCAAGCACGCAAUGAGGUGCGCCCUCUCGGAGGUUCUAACAUUCACAGGGGAGGAGAGGCAGACGCCCGCCCUACGGUGGCGAGCGGGACGCCAAGGAGAUGCUGAGUGCGCCGGAGGUCCAGGAGAGCGACGAGGAGGGCGAAGAUGAAGAAGGCAAGGGCGGCGACGACGAAGAUGAGGAGAUGGGAGAUGAGGAGAAGGAGGAGGAGGAGGAGGAGGAGGAGGAGGAGGACGAGAAUGAAAAUGUCGAAGUCGAGGAGGGAAAGGACAAGAGGCAGGCCCCCACCGGUGACACCGGCGACAGCGACGACUCUUCUGGCUCCUCAGAUUCUGAGCCUGGCGAGAAGCCGACCGUUCCUCCCCCAUCGUCAUCAGAUGACAGCAGCAGCAAGCACGAGACUCCACCGAAGAAAAAUUCAGAAUCUGAGACGGACGUUUCUGAUACCCCUGCGGUUCCUGCAAAGUCUUGAAACAUGUAUUGAUUGUGGUUGUGGUUGUGAUUGUAUAUAAUCAUUGUUGAUAUAAUUAGUUUAUAAUUACUU